GCCGCGGCGCCGCCCGCCCGCCCCCGCCCCGCCCCGGUCAGCUGGGUUCCGCGUCCAGCCGGCUGCGGAGCAUCCCGGGCGGCUCGAACGGCCCAGCCAUGUCCGCAGCCAUGAGGGAGAGGUUCGACCGGUUCCUGCACGAGAAGAACUGCAUGACCGAUCUCCUGGCCAAGCUCGAGGCCAAGACCGGAGUGAACCGGAGCUUCAUCGCGCUCGGUGUCAUCGGACUGGUGGCUUUGUAUCUGGUGUUCGGUUAUGGAGCCUCUCUCCUCUGCAACCUGAUAGGUUUCGGCUACCCAGCCUAUGUCUCAAUGAAAGCCAUCGAGAGUCCCAACAAAGAUGACGACACCCAGUGGCUAACAUACUGGGUGGUGUAUGGCGUGUUCAGCAUUGCCGAAUUCUUCUCUGAUCUCUUCCUGUCCUGGUUCCCCUUCUACUACAUGCUGAAGUGUGGCUUCCUGUUGUGGUGCAUGGCACCCAGCCCAGCUAAUGGGGCUGAGCUGCUCUACAGGCGCGUCAUCCGUCCUGUCUUCCUGAAGCACGAGUCCCAGGUAGACAGUGUGGUGAAGGACGUGAAGGACAAAGCCAAAGAGACUGCCGAUGCCAUCAGCAAAGAAGUCAAGAAAGCUACGGUGAACUUGCUGGGCGAUGAGAAGAAGAGCACCUGAGUCCUGGCUGGAUGCCCCUCCCCCACGCACCCCUAGAGGUCCGUGUUAUGCUAGGGACAGUGGCACAGUCGUUGGAUAAUGUUGCCUUGGAAACUUUCUGAUGUAUUAAAAAUGGAAUGUGUUGUAAGCUGUUUUGCUUUUAUUGUCGUAUAUGUAGAGAACAUUUUCAUUUAAAUCUAACAGAGUGGGCAGUACCUAAAAUUUUUAAAAUGUUUUGUUGAGUGGGAAGACACGUCACUAUACUCCAGGAAAUAUAAACCAGGAUUGGCAAUCUCUGUCUGUAUGCCCUGUACUCUGCAGGGCUCACUCUGCAUGCGUCUUCUUGUGCUUACAGUUAGGAAACCUUUGUGGUUGUGCUUCAUAUGGCGUGUGAUUUUAUAUAGUUCUGUGUUUUAAUGUAUUUGUGAAUAUACAUAUAUAUGGAAAUGUUAUUGUUUGGCUAGAACAUGCAUAGUGCUUUCGAGGAAGAGGCCAAGAGAGGGUCGUAGACACCACCUGUGACCUGUGAAACAGGACCACCUGCCAAGGCUGGGGGUGCUGUUCUUGAGUGAGCUUCCAAGUGACACUUCAGAAAUCAAUGCGAGUGAGUAAGAACCCAGUUGAACCCAGGAUCAACUUCAGUUCCCCUGUAAACAGUAACACCGUCUCACCUGCUCUUCAUCUGAGAUGCUAAAAUGUCAGCAGUUCAACUUUUACCUUAAAGCUGGGUAACAAGUUGCCUUAGUCCUCUCCUCCCCAAACUCUUUAAAACCCAGUUGAAGGCACUUCCCAAGACAUCCCACCUCCCAUUACAGACACCACUUUUUAAAAACAUGAUCCCACGUACCCCAGAAUGACUCUCCGGUCCUCCACCCCCAGCUGCUGCACAUUGCAUGCUUGUGCCCCACGGCUGGCACACGUGUGCAUUCUUGUUCCUGUCAGCAGCACAUCGUGCACUGAUGACAUCGAGCUCUAAGAGCAGUUCUGGGCAAGUGGAGGGUUAACACCUGUUGUCGGUCCAGCUGCGGCUGGGUUAAACUUUCCACUCUUUUUUUGUUUUUAUGGCCAACCUCAAGAGGUCUUACUUUACAAUUCGUAAUUAUUAGCAUUCCCUUAAAAAAGGUUCAGUUUUAGGUUUUGUUUUGACAGACAGAAUAAAGUUUAAGUGACUGCCUGCAGCUUCAUCGGUCAGAGGUUUGUCUAAAAAUGUGCGCUUUGCACAUUUCCAGCCUUAGAGUUAGUCUGAAGUAGACUAAAAGAGUUGUCUACCAAAGUUAACAGGAGUUACUUUCAAGACAAAUAGACAAUAAUUCUCCUUCAGAUGACUAAGAUCAUAAUAAUGUGAUGUAAAAUAGGCACUGUGGUCCUAACAUAAUAUGGGUCACUGCGUUAUUUUUCCUGGGGAUAGUAAUAGUCAUUAGGCGUCACAUGACCUAGGGGGAUUUUUUUUUUUUAAAUAAGAACUAUUGUUUGGAGAAAAUCAAUUGUUAGGUUUUAAAAAUUAAAAAUAUUUAGGUCCUUACAAGUAAAAGCAUGUUUUUCUUGUUGGCAGACUGAAAAUUAACGUCUAUAGUGUAACACAUAGGAGCAGAAUGUUAAUAUACAAAAUACUUUAUGUGAGAGGAUGGCAGGUAGGAAUGUUGCUCACAGUUAUUUAGAGAUCGUGUUGGUGGAAGCGCUGUUUGCAGUCACAUAAACUCCAGAAGUAAUGCAUCAACCCCACAACUUUCACUGUAGCACAUGCGGGGAACUCUUGGCCACUUCCUGCAGUUGUUAGUGGGAGAAAUCAUAAAUUGACUUCUGCCUGCCUGUCUUUCCCAAAUAAAAUAGUGUAGUGACUUAAGGGUGUGGCUGGCUGGAAACAAAGCCGUUACUUGUAUCCGAGUGGUGUUUCAAAGGCAUAUAAAGUUCCAGGAUUCUUGGUAAACUUUAAAUGUCCCAAAGAGUUCAUGUACAAUUCCUUCCUGACACCAUCGUUUGGACCGGCAUUGCUGCUGUUUGGGGGAAAGCCCUCCAUCCACACCUCCUCCAUCCACGCCUGCAGAAAACAGCCAUGGCCUUUACGUAAGUUACUGCCUGUCCUCAGAUGUACGUAGAAUUGCCCAGUCCCUCCUCAUGUGUUCCCAGACUCCCGUGGCUGCCUGAACCUGGAAAAAGUACUGAACUCUGUCUGUGUGAACUGUUCUUUCCUGUGUGUGCACAUCUGUGACAAAGGCUACUGACUGGACAAAGUGAGAGUAGAAGAAUUACAGCAUAUACUCAAAUAAAGAUUGUGUUUAUGUGCUCUCU